UCAUCAUUCCAUCAUUGACGUUGAAGGCGUCUGUCCAACACCCUACGGAAUUUUUAGACAAAUCUAAAAGUGUGUUUUCUAAAAAUAUAUACAUUUUCAUAAACACGGAUUACUUUUAAUUUCCGUAUAAUGUGUUACGCCGACACAUUGACCGGUGCCGGUGGUGGAAGUGGGGCUGAGACCCGAAUUAGGAAUAAGGAUGAAAUUUCAAGCACUGAAAAUAGCACCUCGUCAGAAUUUGGAGAAUUCGGCUUAAAGAAAUUCACCAUGCGAGAAUUUGUACCAUUUCAUCUUCCUAUGCACGUGUGCAAUAUAUUCUUGUUCCUCUUACCUGGACAUGUUUUAGGAAUAUAUGGAUUUUAUCUCAUUUUCACGGGACAGACGCCGUACCCGUGGUGGAAUUUGUUAUUUUCCUUAAUUUACGGUUAUGCCGGUGGCAUAGGAGUCACUGCUGGGACUCACCGUCUCUGGACGCAUCGUUCCUACAAAGCCAACACGCCACUCCAAGUACUUUUGAUGCUCAUGCAAACCAGUUCCCUUCAGUACCCCGUGAUCAAGUGGUGUCGUGACCACCGGAUCCAUCACAAGUACACCGACACCAACGCUGACCCGCACAAUGCUGCGAGAGGUUUUUGGUUUUCGCACAUGGGUUGGCUUCUCGAGCCCGAGCACCCAGACGUUGCCAAGAAAGAGAAAACCAUUCCUAUGCAAGAUCUCGAAAAUAAUCCAGUCCUAGAGUUUCAAGUGAGGUACUACUUGCCUCUUGCCAUUCUGACGGCGUUCGUCAUCCCAAUUUCAAUUACCAUGAUACUCUUCCCACAGCCGUUCUUCAACAUUUUCUGUGGCAAUUAUACCAGAUGGAUCAUGAUGUUGCAUACUUCGGCCUGUGUCAAUUCUGUGGCCCAUUUCUUCGGUUCUCGUCCGUAUGAUAAGGACUCGUCUGCCGUGGACAACAAAAUUCUUGCCAUUUUCACCGUCGGGGAGGCCUGGCAUAAUUUUCACCAUUGCUUUCCUACAGAUUACAAGACCUCAGAGUUGCCCUUUUACAGUUUUAACCUUAGUACGGCAUUCAUCGACUUUUUUGCUUGGGUGGGAUGGGCAACAGAUCUUAAAACGGUGAGCAAAGAGGCGAUUCAAAGACGGAUGGAGAGGACGGGAGAUGGUUCCGGUCUUCAUCAUCAUCACCAUUAUGCAAUUGAAGAAUCGGAAUCUGAGCUAUCAUCAGACGAAAAUCUCGACGAAGACGUGUUCAACAACAACAAUGGCGAGGCAAUGUCGAAGAUGGUGGAUGAACACGGAGAUCAGGAAGGAAAUAUUAUUAAGAACAUUGUUUCCAUCAACAAGGGCCUUGUCCUGCCGACCAGAGGUUAAAAAGUUGGACUGUAUUUCACGUUACAUUUAACUUUGAGCUUUUUUAAAAGAUUAGACAUCAGCUUAGAUUGGUUUUACUUUUGAUUUGUGGACAUUUAUCUUAGAUAUGCUACUUACUAGUUCAUUCAUUGUUUUCUUAUUAUUCUAGUACAAACUUUAAAUAAAAUCGAUUUUGAGCUUUAAACCAAUAAUUGAA